AUGGCUCAAAAAAUUUAAGAGUUAGAAGAAUAGUUUUAAUAAUUUGAAUAAUCAAUUGGAAUUAACGAUUAAAAUUUUGCUAAUAAAUUCAUCUUUUAGUAAUUGAGGGAGAAUUUGAUUAAGGCUUCCGCAGAAUCGAAUGAUAAAUUGCAGAAAUUUUUAGAUUAGGCUCAUACAAAUUUGUACUUGGAAAUUAGUUCAAAGAUUUAAGCCGAUUUAGAUGGAUUCACUAGAGAAGAAUAAAACAUGCUUCAUUUUUAUGGCGCAUCAAUAAUUUCUGAUGCAUGCUAAUAUCUUUAGCUUCCAAUUACAACUUGUAUAUCAGCCUAAACUAUUUUCCACAGAUUUUAUACCAAGUGCUCUUUCUUGAAGCAUGAUAUCAGGGAUGUAGCAAUGGGAUCAGUUUUUAUAGCUGGUAAGGCUUAAGAAACAAUUAAAAAGCCAAGAGAUUUAGCCUAUGUCUUUGAUCAAAUUUUUAAAAUUGAAGAUGGUAUACAACGUCCAGUUCCAAUUUUAGAUGAUAAAUCAUUUAAAUUUAAUCAUUUAAAAUAAGUGGUUUAAGACAUGGAAAGAGAGAUUUUAAAAGAAUUAGGCUUUGAGUUAUAUCAAAUUACAUGGAAUGAACAACCUCAUAGAUUAAUGUACUUCUAUAUUAAUUUAUUUAAACCAAAUACCAGUAAUUAAUCGAGUUCCUUUUAGAAUUUGACUAGAACAGCAUUCAACUAUUUGAAUGAUAGUUACAAGACAAACAUCUGUAUUUUCUUCCCUUUCUAGAUGAUAGUAGCAAGCUGCAUUUACCUAGCCUUUAGAAAGACAGGUACUGAAAUGCCAAGAAUUGCUUGGUGGACAAUUAUGGAAACUUCUCUGAACAAUCUUAAGCUAGGAGCGGGUAAAAUCUAAUAUAUUUAUAAUCAAUUUAAAUAACUUCCUAAAUAUGAGGACUGCUUCGAAAUUCUUAAUAAACUUGCAAAACAAAAGGAAAUAGAGUUGAAAAUCACUCUUAAAUAUCAUGAAUUUACAGAUAGAUUAAACCAAAGUUCUGCAUCUUAGAAUCCUAUGUUAGCUGUCCAAGAAGCUAUCGCCAAAUCAAAAUUAAGGGGAUAAAAUGGAUUGGCUGCAGGAGCAUCAUCAUCAGACAAGUUGUUAUCAUCAGAUUAGCUUGAAAAAAAAGAAAAUUAAGAUGAAACUGCAGGAGUUACUAGUUUAAGAGAUGUUACCAGUACUAAAAAUGAUAAGCAUAGCAAAUUUUCUACGGCUGGUAGAUCAGCAUCAAGAGAAAGAGAUAGACGUAAAAGGUCCAGAAGCAAUUCCCACAAAAAAUCCCAUAAAAGAAGAUCAAGUCGUAGUAGAAGUCGUAAUCGUAAUAGAGAUCGUAAGGAUAAAGAUAAAAAGCAUUCUUCUCGUCACAGUCGCAGCAGAGAUCGUCGUGAUAGAAGUAAUUCCCAUAAAGAUAAAAAAAAAAGAAGUAAAAGUCGUGAACGUGAACGCGAACGUAGAAAAGAAAAGUAAGAAGUCCAAAAGCCUACAAGUGCUGAGCGUUAAUAAAACGAUUAAUAAAAGUCUUAAGAGGAAUAAAAAACCAACGGUAAUGGUGCAUCAUCAAGUAUAAAAACUACUUCUGAAACACCAGAUAUUAAGUAAGAUAAAACUUCACCUUUAAAUUCUAAAAAAGAUAAGAAUUAAAGAGAUCGUGAAUCUGCAUCAACAGUAAGGGAUGUAAGAGAAGGUAGGGAAAAGGAAAAGGACAGAAAAGAAAGAAAGAAGAGUAGAAGCCGUAGUAGAAGUCAUCAUAAAAAAUCUAAAAAGUAUUAUAACUCUCCUGAUGAUAGGGAUAGUAAGAGAAAGCGCAGUAAAGAUAGAAAAAAAGACUAUAAAAAAUCAAGGAGCAACAGCAGAGAAAAAUAGUCUAAAUUUUCAGUUCCUACUUCAUCUACUCAAUAGAUGGAAUCAAUUGCAAAAAUUACACCUUCUCCUCCCUUGAAAUAAGAUAAAUUUACUACAGUUCUAAAUGAAAAAAGUAAUGAUUUUUCAUCUGUAUAAAAUAAAAUACUUCCUUCUGAUAAUAAAAAUAUUCAUUAAGAAAAUCAAAUAAAUGGCAAUCCAAGUAUUAUUGAAACAGCUGCUCCUGCUCCCAACUAAAAAUUUAUUUAAAAAACUGAUUAAAUUAAGCCUCAAGAAUAAAAUUCUUUAUUAGAUGGAAAGAAAACACUUGACAUUAUCUAAUAAAUAAAAUCUAAAAUUUAAUCAAAGGCUACUAAUGAGGAAAGUUCGAAUUAAAAAAUAUCAAGUUCUAAUGUCACUUAAGAAACUAACCUAACAUAGAAGGCUCAGACAAACCCAACCAAACCAACUUUAGAUUUAAGCGCUAAAUUGAGUGAAAAGUUUAAAUAGUACGAUAACAAACUGCCCUCUUCAUCAUCAUCAACAACAACAUCAACUACAACAUCAACUACAACAGCAACAAAAUUAGUAGCAGGAGCCAGUUAGCCAUAGUUGUCUAAGUAAUUGUCAAAAGAAAGUAUGACUUCAAACGAUGAUGAAAAUAAUGACAACGAUGACUAUCUGAUGAGAUUGAAAAUGCUUCGUGAACAAAAUAAAUAAAAGGCUCAACAAGGAAACUAAUGA